AGCACUGACCUGGACGGUCAGGACUAUGCGAACGUCGGCUCUGUGCCUGCGGUACAUGAAACCCUUUACCCUGGCACAGCUUGGUCACUUCUGUUCAGCAUGGCGCCGCGUGGCCGACAACCGCAGAUCUCGCUGGAGGCUCAGCUGCAACAGCUGACGCUCUUCAGCGAUCUCGAUUCUGACUAUGAGAAUAUCGAGCAGCUAGGACCGAUCAUCAAGAGCCUUGACGAGGCGAGACAGCAGGAUGCAUUCUUACGGUAUCUCGAGAAUUUUGUUCAAGAGAAAGACAAAGAGAUCGAGAAGAUCUGCAAUGACAACCACAUCGAAUUCGUGCAAGCACUAGACAAGCUGCUGAAGGUCCGGUCCGGAACGGUGUCCCUGAAGCACAGGAUCGACGAGCUAAACGAAGAUGUGCAGGCAGGAGGACAUUCCCUCAGUGCGCGCAAACGCCAGCUUCUCGAGACUCAGCGCACGGUCAAUAACGUGGACGAAGCGAUAGAGGUCGUAGAGAUCUCUCUCCAAGUGUUGAACAUUGCAAAUGGUAUUGAUGGCCUGAUUGAGAAGAAGAAGUACUAUUCAGCCCUUAGAUCUCUUGACGAUCUAGAGAACAUUCACUUGCGGGGUGUCAUGGCAUUUGAAUGGGCAAGACACAUGCUGGAGUCCAUCCCUUCGAUGCGAGAAUCAAUACGACAAGCCGUCACGCGCGAAAUGAAAGAGUGGCUUUUUGAAGCAAGAGAGAAGCAGCGUAUCGUCGGAAAUUUGGCACUGGAAGCCAUGGAUACUCGCGUCAAGAGAUGGAAAGCGAAGAGCCAGAAAGAUCCGAUUCUGGCCAUCGCCAAGGUCAACUCGGCAAUCGAGAUGGUUGUCAAUGAGAAAAUCGAUUACAACUUUGUCGAAAACGAGCACAUCACCAUCGACUUCAAGCCUCUGUACCAGUCCAUACAUAUCUACGACGUGAUGGACCUGCGAGACCAGUUGCAGAGUAGCUAUCAAGAGGACAGGAGGGCUCAAGCCAAUCUUCUCCUUUCUCAAGGACUCUCUUUUAAUCCAUUAAAUCCCACAUUUCCAGCGCUUCUAGAAGAAGUGGUAGGCUUCUUCCUUGUCGAAUACCAUGUUUUGCAGACAUCGCCGCCGGGAUGGCGUGCAGAGCAAGAAGUCGACGACCUGUGGGACAACAUGUGCGAGCGUGUUGUGGAUAUCGUCAGCGUCGGCUUGCGGAAUUGCAAGGACACAAAUGUCUACGUCAGCACGAAAUCCGCGAUCAUGACUUUUAUUCACACUCUCGAAAGCUACAACUUCACUGUCAGCAAGCUCAACGCACUGCUACUCACGCUCUUCGAGAGGUACGCACAACUGCUCCGUGAUCGAUUCUCCGUCGACUUUCAACAGGCGGUUAAGGAGACUGAGCACCAGCCGAUGGUCGUCAACAAUGCGGACGAGCUCCGAAAGGUGCUCAACGUCUGCUGGUUACAACCAGGCGUCGCGGACCAUCUGCGCAAACAGCCCUUUCCCCUUACCCUGCCAUUCUCUCAGACUUAUCCGCUGUGCUGCAUGGAUAUUCGUCACCUUGUCGACGAAUACUACACUUUCUCGGAUGGCUUCUCCCAGCACCACCGAGAUAUUGACGACAUUCUCAAACAAUCUCUCGACGAGCUGCUUAUCCAACAAGUCAGCACUAGCAUUCGAAGCAGCUUGGAAAAAACGUCCAACCUCUCACAGAUUGCUCAGAUCGUUGUAAACGCAGAGCAUUUCAAGCUUGCAUGUACCGAACUGGAGGGACUCCUCAUUGCACUCCGAGCCCCAUCACGAGGAGGCAAGCUACGGCUCGAUGCCUCACCGCAUUUCAACACCUCUCUGGAGCUUGCUCAAAAGCGCAUAGAUACCGCAACAGCGGUCAAGCUGGGUCAGUUCCUCGAUCUCGAGGAGCACAACAUGGUACCUACCCGGUCGAGGACAGAGUGUGCGGAUUACUUGCCAGAGAUGCUCGCCUGGCUGACGACCAUGAUGGAGAGCGUACUGGCCUUGCUGCCGCCCGAUACGAAGCAAGUGGCGUACAAGAAUGCAUUCAAGUACAUUGCGGAACACCUCACCAAAACGUGUUUGCUAAGCGAUCGGGAGACCAAAAUCAACGAAGCUGGACUGAGGAACCUCGAGAUUGACGCAGAGUUCCUCCAGCAGCACGCAUCUAAAUUCGGCGGAAAGGAAGACUUUGGCAAAGUCUUUUACGAGCUGAAACAGACCAUUUCUCUCGUCCUGAAGGACGGCGCGUACGACUAUGCGCACAGCCCUACGUUGCGCGCGCAAAAGUACGCAGCUGUCCAACCCUCCAGACUCCUCAUUGUGCUGGACAAGCUCGCCAAGUAUCAUGCUUCUGUGCCGACUUCACAGGAGCAAGAUGUAGCAGCGAAGAUUUACCGCGAAAAAGAUGCCGUGAAUAGAAUGAUCAGGAGAGUAUAAUUCGCCUUGGCCCUCUUCAAGUUUUACUCUCUAAAACCUUGUU